AUGAUAGGCUUUUCUAAAGACUUCUUAUGUCAUUUUCAUUUAGGUUUAAUUUGGAUUUGUUUAUUGUUUUCUUUUCUUCCUGAACGUUUUCUUCAGAAUGAUUUUGAAGAUGGUACACUCGAAUUGUAUUGUUCAAGCGGCUAUUGUUUGCAAAAAAUAUUACUUUCUAAAGUGGUAGGUCAUUGGGUUCUUCAAAUAAGUGGUGUUUUUUGUACUUUUCCAGUGGUACAACUUCUAUACCAAUUUGAUCAACUCAAAAUGAAUUGGUUCACCCUUAUUAUAGGAAGUCUGAUAUUUACUCUUAUGUGUGGUAUUCAUUCUUGUUUGGCUCUUGGAAUAAUAUCUCAUAGUUGGAACAGUUUGCAAAAUCUUACCACUUUACCCACUCUAUUACCCUUAAUCAUUUUUUGCGCCUCUACCGAAACAGAAUGGUUUCAUGUUGUUUUAUUAAUGGGAUAUUUACUUUUGUUUUUAUUUCUUUAUGCCAUUUUGGUUUCAAUUACUUUACAAAAGUUGAUAAGCCAAUAG